AUGAGUUGCCUAGCAUGGAAUUGUCAUGGGCUUGAGAACCUGCGAACAGGAAGAGAGCUUGUAGAAUUCAUACGGGUAAAAGAUCUCUCUGUCGUUUUUUUAGCUGAAACUUUGACAGACAAAGCAAGGCUAGAGACUGUACAACGAAACAUUGAAUUUGAUCAUAGAUGGGUGGUGCCAAGAGAAGGUAGAGGAGGUGGAUUGGUGCUCUUUUGGAAAUCUUCAGUCAACUUGAGGAUUGAAGGUUCACACAAAUAUUAUAUUGAUGCUUCAAUAGAUAAGAAUUCGAGCAAUGAGUGGCGUUUGACAGGUUUUUAUGGGGAACUAGAGACAGCUAGAAGGUGUGAGGCGUGGAACAAAUUGAGGUCUCUCAAUUCAAGUCCGAAAAUUCAGUGGCUUUGUUUUGGGGACUUUAACGAGAUCACUAAGCAAGAUGAGAAGUUGGGGGGUGCAACUAGGUCUCAUUUUCAGAUGCAACUAUUUCGAGAGGUUAUUAAUGAAUGUGGUUUUAUGGAUCUUGGAUACGUUAGGUCGAAAUUCACAUGGGCUAGACACUUUGAAAGUGGCAAUUCAAUAUGGGAAAGGCUUGAUAAAGGUCUUGCUACUAAUGGGUGGUUUCUGAAAUUCCCAGGGUCACGUGUUCAUCAUUUACAUUGUGAUUCUUCGAAUCAUAGCCCUCUCUUAGUAGUCCUGGCACCGUUAGACAUCCCAACACGCAAAAAAAUAUUCCGCUUUGAGGAGAUGUGGUUGUCAAAUCCAACUUGUAAAGAAACAGUACAAGUAGCAUGGAACUCAAUGGUAGGUUCGGACUUGGAUUCUACAAUAUUAUCUAAGGUGGAAAAAUGUGGUAAAGACUUACUUUGGUGGAAUCGAAAUGUGUUUGGCAGUGUGAGACAAGAGUCGAUAAAAAAGAAAGAAUUGUUGUGUAAGGCCGAAUUUAAAGCACAAAUCAAUGGUGUUAACCAUCGGGUUAGAGAGUUAAAAUUUGAAGUUAGUGUGCUGAUGGAUAGGGAGGCUCGUAUGUGGGCUUAA